AAUAUCGAUCUUCAACUAAACCUUGACCUGCAAUAUUUAGAUAGUGAAGCACGCGUUCGGAAUGACAGAAGUAUGAAAGGCAUAGAACGCUGAAUAGAUGUUGAAAAAUGACUAAGCUAAUGACUUAAUUGUAAUUAUAAUUCAUUUCAGAUUUAUCUAUAACAUAUCAUUUUUUUCGUAUAAAGUCAAUUAUGUAUCCUACUUAAUAAGUGUUAACUGAAACAUAUCAUUAAACAUAAAUAAUAAUUCGUCGGAAGUGUAAUGUGAAUUCAAUUCAAAUGACAAAAGAAAAGGACGGAGGCAAUGAUAAGGCAAGUGAAAAAGAAAGAGACGGAAAGAAGGGGAAAAUGUCGCAUAUACAUAAACGAGUGGGGUUAAAUCGUUCGACGAAGUUCGCGCGCCGUUCGGGUAAAUUCGGCUACGGUUCACCAAUGACGAAUCGCAGAUUGAAGAAACGGUGUUCGUUAUUCAAAUACAGAUCGAUGAUUCGUCCGUGUGCGAAGGCAAAUGGAUUGUUGUCGUUUGUGGGAGUGGUGCUUUUGACUGUUUGUGUGAAGGCGAGCGAGUUCCCGGAACGAGAAUGCUGCGAUCCUGUGUACCCUCCGAACACGGCCACGACAGCGGCUGUACCGGUCACUCCGCCUUUAACAAAGAUUACAGUAUAUUUGGCGCGAUGGCAGCGGCACGGCGUCGAAAGAGAAGAAGAGCUCUCCUUUCCCGUUCCGCCCCCUCCUUCUGCGAAAUGGUGA